CUCCUUACCAUGGCUAAGGUUUAUCCUCAAGCUCCAUCAUCAUCAUCAUCAUCAUCAUCAUCCUCACCAUCAUCAUCGCCAUACUUGAGCUCAAAGCAAGAAUGCUUCACAAUAUGGAUGAAAUCGCUAGUGUACAACAGCCAUGGAUGCACUGCAUACAAUUCGAAAGGUGAAAUCAUUUAUCGGGUCGACAAUUAUGACAAGAAAUGCAGCUCGCAAGUUUACUUGAUGGAUAUUCGAGGCAACGUUCUUUUCUCCAUACAAAGAAAGAAAUUACGAGUUUUUGGAUGUUGGGAUGGAUACAAGUGGGAUUUUUCCAAGAAACAACGAUGGUUUCGUGUCACGAGUAAACGUCAAAAGAUUCAUGUGGAUUUAGCAUGUGAUCAAGAAAUUAAACCAAAGCAAACGGCUACAGGAGUUCAUCUUGGAGACGAUGUUUUUACAUUAACUGUGGAACCCAAUAUCGAUCAAUCGUUGAUCAUGGCGAUUGUUAUGGUUCAUGGUUUGAUUCAUCGUCAACUUUAA